UCUCGCCUGCGGCAUAUCUGACUGAUGUCAACAAAAACAUUAUCUUGUGUGGGAGAAACGCGUAUGGGCGGAUGGUGAAGGGGAGAGAAUCAGGGAGGGAGGUGGUUUUCGUGGGAGCGGAGAGGGGGGAAAAGGAAAACAACCGAGAGGAAACCAACCGGCAGAGCGCAGGCUGGAGCGUGAGUCGUGAUGGCGACGCUGAUGGGCACGAGAGUGAGAACGACGCGUCGUCGGUUUCUGCUUCGAGGUCGGGGGGAGUCGGCGGAGAAAAAGGCGCAGCUGUUGUCGGUGGCGCUAGAGUUGGGGAGGAUGGGGAGCGGAAAGGCAGCGUCAGUUCCGAAGGGAGGCUGGGUGGGCGGGCAUCCCCGCCGCUGGUGCGGGGGGAUGGGAGCGGAGAGGGAGGUCAUCGUGGUGGAGGAGGGGAUAAGGCAGCCCCGAAGGAGAGGACAUCGAACGAGGAAGUUAUAGGUGCUAUUUUAAAACACCUGCUGCUUCCUGGCACUCCCAGGUGGAGAAAAACAAACGUUACCAGGGUUGUAGUUCACAAGGGUAGACCUGAGAAUGUGCACUGGGGACAGUUUGACACUCCUGGACACCUUCUUCCUGAUAAGGACGUUACGAGCUUCUGGAAUUUCAAAAACUGUGCCGUCGUGGGAAACAGUGGGACCCUGCUGCUAGACAGAUACGGAGAAGCAAUUGAUCGCCACAAUGCGGUUAUCAGAUUCAACAAUGGGCCAACCCAAGGGUAGGGUGAGAAUUAUCAUUCUCAAUUUUUUAUUUUAUUUUUCCGGUUUUCUUUUUCUUUCCCUCGGAGUUCUGGCCUGGUGAAAUGACAGGUACUCUUUUUAUGAAAGGAAAAAAAAAAAAAAAAAAAAAAAAAAAAAAAAAGAAAAAAAGAGAGGUAGUUCGUUUUUUUUUUUGUAAUUAUUUUUUAUUUUUUUGAGAAGAUGUCAAAUUUAUUUAAGAAACAGAGUACCCAUGGAGGCCGGGGACCUCGCAAUUCAACUCGGAUGAGCCUGAGGGGCCAAGCCCCAUUC